GAAAUAAAGCGGCUCUAAUGUUAUAUGUCACCUGCAAAUAACCCGGGCGUUCGAAAAAAGCAAACCACCACCUCCAAAAUCCACACCAACACCAGGUCCUCUCCAUACACAAAAAUCCUUGAAAAUGAGCCCGGAAACUUGGCUCCCGCAGCCCACCUUGUUCCUCACUGGCCUCAGCUUGCUCCUCUCACUGGCGCCCACGGGACGGGGCAUGGAAGUCAUGGCUCCCGCCAUCAUCAACGCCUUGAAUGGCUCCUCCGUGAAGCUCUCCUGCACCUUCAACUCCUGCUACAAGGUGGAGAACAAGCAGUUCUCCCUCAACUGGACGUACCAGGAGUGCAGGAACUGCUCUGAGGAGCUGUUCCUGCAGUUCCGGAUGAAGAUCAUGAACAAGCAGCUGGACCGCUUUGGGAACCGCGUGGAGUUCACUGGGAACCCCACCAAGUACGACGUGUCCUUCACCCUCAAAAACGUGCAGCUGGAGGACGAGGGCACCUACAAUUGCUAUGUCCUGAACCCCCCGGACCGUCACCGGGGCCAUGCCAGCAUCAGCCUGAAGGUGCUCACCAAAG